AGAGCCGGUAAUUGGCAUUCCUCGGAGGGGACAUCUACACUGAUCAUCAGAGCACUGAUGAUUAGUGUGCCCUGAUGAUCAGUGUAGCCCAACAGUGCCACCUGUCAGUGUCCAUCAAUGCCAGCUGUCAGUGCUCAAUGCCACCUGCCAGUGCCCAUCACUGCCACAUCAAUGCCACAUAUCAGUGCCCAUCUGAGCUGCCUUUCAGUGCCACCUAUCAGUGUCAGUCAGUGCCACCUAGCAAUGCCAUCAGUGCCACCUAUCAGUGCUGCCAGUCAGUGCCACCUAUCAGUGCCAGUCAGUGCUGCCUAUCAGUGCGCAUCAGUGCCGCCUAUCAGUGCCGUUUCAGUGCCGCCUAUCAGUGC